AAGCGGAAAUAAAGUAGACACGGAAAUCAUUGCGGCGAUUCCUAUACAUGGAUAUAUGUAUAAAACACACUUUACUGAUCUUAGUCUUAAACAACUUCAAACUUCAAGCUGACACAAUCUACAUGAUGUACUGGACUGUAAUCCUGUUCCUCAUGGUAGCUGGGCCCCUGCCACAGGGAUGGUUGUUCGUAGUAAGUAACGUUACGACUCUGUCUGUGCCCAUGUCUACACCUACAGCAUCUGUGUCUACAGUAAACCCAGCGGUAAAUCUCAGUCCUCGGCCGGUAGCCUCAGUUGAGAGCGGUCAUCCGCUCAUAUUGACCAUUGACAUAUCAUCUGCUACAUCAUGGAGACUGGAGUGGUCAACUAACGAAACUGGAGAGGUCACGCUUGGCUCUGUCAAGUCCUCCCAAAUCGGCGCGUGCCAGGAAAGUACUCCUCUCUCUCAGCCAUGUCGGAUCAACGUAACACGGGUACGGUUCUCUGUUGAACAUCCUCGACAUGGCGACGACAUCUACUGUGCCGUGAUAAUACCAGGGAGUUGGUCCCCGACUCGGACUACACUUAAAACCUCUACUGAAGUAAACGUUCUAGUGCCAGUGGAAUAUGUCCACCUUCAAAGUUCCUCUGGAGAAAUUACCGAAGGCCAGUUGAUAGUUAAAGAUGGAGAACGAUUCACCUUAAAUUGUGAGACUUCCUUCUGUCGCCCAGGGGCCACCAUUAAAUGGAUGAAAGAUCACAUCGACGUAUCUGCACUUGCUGACGAUUCCACAAUUUCCAAUAGUGAUGGUUUGUUUAAGACCUCUGCAAACUUGACGAUAUUGGCUGAGCGCGACUCCUCGCUGAUAAAGUCCGUCGUCCAGUGUAUAGCUUUCAGUGAGAGCUCUAACGCAACCUCUAAUUCCACAGAGAUCAUUACACUCAGAAUACCUUCCCAGCCAAGCGCUGUUUCCCCGAAAUACAUUGAUAAAGGUGAAGUGAGACUGACUUGGGGUAUCGACAGAAAGUCACUGUAUCGAGUGAGAUUUGACAUUGGUAUCCUUCCGGACAAAGAUGGUCUUACUGUCGCUCCCUACACACGACAGAGCGGAGGAAACAUUCCAGCGGGUGUACUGUUCUCAAGCAGGAUCACGGGUCUUCAACCGAACGUAGUAUACAACCUGUCAGUCAUAGCCUCUAACGAAGUAGGCAGAAGUGCUGUUUCAUCUGUUUAUAUCACUAUGUUAUCAAACCCCGAAUCUGGUAUACCAUACUUCUACACGGGUGUGGCGUUGAUGGCAGUGGCCUCUCUUAUACUGGUUACUUUUGGUGUCGGCGUUGCUAUCAAGCUUAAACGAGGCGAGAUACCUUUUAAACUUCCUGUAGUAUUUUGUUCGCGUGCAGACCGUGAGCCAGAUCCAUUGUAUGAGGACUUAGAAAACCUGGGAAAGAGUGACGCCCCUGUAAUCGAAAAGAGAAUUAAAAAUUCCAGAAAAGCUAAAGGCGAUGGGAAAACUUCUCUUGGACUGGUCUCCGGUGUGUACAAUUCCAUUGCUUCAAGUAUACAUGUUGAAGGCGGAACCAAGAAAGAUAAUGCUGGUAACAUAUAUGACGACAUCCCUGUUGGGUCAGCCUUAUUCACCUCUUCCCGUGCGGGGUCAACAGCCUCACAAGUAGAAGGAAAAGUCAGACUAGCUGUUCCAAAGAGCGAACCAGAGGAUGUGUACGCGACAUCAGAGAAGAAGAAGCCGCCGCCGAUAUUUAAGAAGCCUCCGAGUCGUAAAUAUAAGUGUACAGUGGCCACUAUAGACGAUGAAACCCAGGACCUGGAGCCCGGGAACCCCCCGACAACCAUGGGGGCUGAUGGGCCCGAAAUAGGUCAACUAUCUGAAUUGAAAGAGGACGAACCAGAAAAAGAUGACUCACGCUGCGAGUACAUGGAUAUGCGUGUUCCAGAACAACCAAAUGAAACUGAGUAUGUGGAUGUGCAAAGACCACGGAAGGAACCGGAAAAAGACAGUUGAUAUGUCGUGUUAAAGACAGUUGAUAUGUCGUGUUAAAGACAGUUGAUAUGUCGUGUUAAAGACAGUUGAUAUGUCGUGAAAAAUACAGUUGAUAUGUCAUGAUAAAGACAGUUGAUAUGUCGUGAUAAAGACAGUUGAUAUGUCAUGAUAAAGACAGUUGAUAUGUCGUGAAAAAGACGGUUGAUAUGUCGUGAAAAAAACAGUUGAUAUGUCGUGAUAAAGACGGUUGAUAUGUCGUGAAAAAGACAGUUGAUAUGUCGUGAAAAAGACAGUUGAUAUGUCAUGAAAAAGACAGUUGAUAUGCCAUGAAAAAGACGGUUGAUAUGUCGUGAAACACCCUGACUAAACUCUCAUCUGGAAGGAAUAAACAACAUUGUAGUCUCAAA